AUGUCUCUUUAUCUCUGUGUUGAUUGUGGUGGUACCAAGACGUCCGCCGUCAUCUGCAACGAUGAGGGCUCAAUAUUGGGCCGUGCUGCAGGAGGUCCAUCCAACCUGACCUACCUAUCUCCUGAUGCUUUCCUCUCAUCCGUCGCAGACACCGUCAGCAACGCUCUCCAAGUAUCCAACAAGUCCAGUACACUCCCCCCAGAUAGCCGCUCUCCAUUUUCUGCUGCGUGGUUUGGCGUUUCUGGUGCAGACUCCCCCACAUCCAUCGCCAAAAUCACUCCUUCCCUCUCGGCUCUCUUAGCCAUCCCGGCUGGUCCACGUCUCUUUAUCACGAAUGAUACCCAUCUUCUUGCCGCUCCUGUUCGGAUGUACCCAGAUGUCUCUCAUGCUGUCGCCGUUAUUGCUGGCACUGGCUCAAACGCCGUCAGUUUUGUGGAGAAGGGCGGAGUGAUUGAAGAACUUGCGCGCGUGGGCGGUUGGGGUUGGAUCCUUGGAGAUGAAGGGGGUGGAUUCCAUGUUGGAAGGGAGACAAUACGCCAGAUCUUGAUGGAGGAAGAGAAAACUUCCAUUGGGGCUCUUACAUCUCCUGAGAGCAAGUUAAGAGAUCGCGUUUUGGAAUGGUUUGGGGUGAAGAGCGUUAUGGAGAUAUUUGGUGGUGUCUACCUCCCAGAUCCCCUGCCGAACGCCAGAACCAGUCUACUUCCGCAAGACAUGACGCGCGAAAAGAGGCUUUCGUCCCUCUGUCCAUUGGUAUUUGCAGCUGCCUUUGAUGAUGGCGAUAGGCUUGCUCUGCGGAUCCUUGAAGCAUGCGCGAGCUCACUUGCUUCUCAGAUCGCUGUGCUUCUUGCUGGACCUACAGACAACUCCCCUAGAUUGGUUAGAGCGGGUGAAAGCGUGAUAUCGCUUGGUGGAUCUUUGGCUGGGGUUGAACGGUAUCGAAAGAUGAUCCUGGAUGAUCUGGCCCACCGUGGCCACGUCUUCCGACAUGUCGAGUUUAUUGAUGAUGCUGCUGCUGUUGGAGCGAUUGGCCUCGCUGCAAUUCAUAAGCAGGGCCGACCUUGA